ACAGUUUUUUUAAAAUCUGUCUUUUUUUUUCCAGCGUUGAAGCGGUUAUGAUUAGUUAGCAGUGUUAAAACUGUCCGAUAUAUUAAGGUUUGUUGAAGUCUACGCAUAAUCUAAUUGUACGUAAAGUGGUUUUACAUGGAAGUCUGCUCGGCAUGGUCCUGAGACCCUACAAACUGUGAAAAUAAGGCUAGGAUCUUACUACUGGAUGUUGUGGAGUGAGGACAUCACGCCAAGAUGACACCAGAAAGCAAAUCACUGUUAAACAUCUUUGUAUUGGGUCUUGGUUUUAUGUUUAUGUUCACCGCCUUCCAGACCUGUGGAAACAUUGAACAAACUGUGAUUAAGAGUUUUAAUAGCACAGAAUUCCAUGGAAGUGGGUACACAAGCAUGGCUAUUAUUUAUGGAGUCUUUUCUGCAUCAAACCUAAUUGCUCCUUCAGUGGUAGCGGUCAUUGGACCUCAGUUGUCACUGUUUUUCAGUGGGCUAGUUUACAGUGGAUACAUUGCUAUGUUUAUUCACCCUUUUACUUGGAGUUUCUACACUGCUUCUGUCUUUGUUGGAAUUGCAGCUGCAGUGCUGUGGACAGCUCAGGGGAAUCUCCUUACCAUCAAUUCCAGUGACUCAUCCAUUGGCCGAAACAGUGGGAUAUUCUGGGCUUUGCUGCAGUUUAGCUUGUUCUUCGGCAAUCUUUACAUUUAUGUUGCCUGGCAUGGGAAGGUUCACAUAUCAGAUAAAGACCGUCAGACGGUGUUCAUUUCGCUCACCAUCAUCAGUCUGGUUGGAAACUUCCUCUUCUUCCUUAUUCAGCGCACUGAGACUGAGGUUGUGCCUUCUGAGGGGUCUGAAUCACCGUUGCCUGGAGAUACUUGUGAAAGUGAUUCAGUGGUGGCAGCACCCCAGGGUCUAGGUUCUCAGGCGUUGGUGGCAUUCAGGAAAUCCAUUCAGCUGGCCAUGACCAAAGAAAUGCUGCUGCUAAGCAUAUCCAUCGCAUACACAGGACUGGAAUUGACUUUUUACAGUGGUGUUUAUGGGACAUCCAUAGGAGCUAUGACUAUCUUUGGUGAUAAUGCCAAAAGUCUCAUUGGCCUCUCUGGAAUUUUCAUUGGUGUUGGUGAAAUACUUGGUGGGUCUGUGUUUGGAAUGCUGAACCAGUGCAACCAGUAUGGAAGGAACCCUGUGGUGCUUUUGGGAUUGGUCACCCAUUUUUUGGCCUUCUAUCUGAUAUUCCUGAACAUAGCCAGUGAUGCCCCCUUAGCCCCAGAGGAGGGCACACAGUUGCAGGCCUUCAUCCCUCCCAGCAUGGAGUUGGCGUUGUUCUGCAGUUUCCUGCUUGGACUGGGUGACAGCUGUUUCAACACACAACUGCUCAGCAUUGUGGGCUUCAUAUUUCGUGAUGACAGCGCCCCAGCAUUUGCUGUUUUUAAGUUUGUACAGUCCAUCGCUGCAGCUCUGGCAUUCUUCUACAGUAAUUAUCUCCAGCUACACUGGCAACUGCUCAUUAUGGUACUGGUGGGCUUUACUGGCACCCUCUCUUUCUUUGUGGCUGAAUGGAUGGUGGUCAGCUGCAGACGAAACUCAGAUUAUGACAGCAUCUAACACCUGGAGUCAGAGAGAAUGUGGCAGCAGAAGACUGUUUUUGUGCCCUCCUUUUUAACAUUUUCCUGCAGGUUGCUGGCUCUUAAGCAUUGGUAUAGAACUGGUAGUUUUGCAGAAUUUGGUAUUACUCAUUUGUCUUUUUGCUCACUGAGCUCUGUAAGACACAGUUAUUGUAUUGUUUCUUCUUUUUUGCAGCUGCACAUAAAAUAUUUUUUUUUAAUAUACAAAGCCAUUAAAGUCACUGUUUGCUUUUGUGGUAA